AUGAGCAACCCGUACUGCACCUGGAAUUCGGAUAUUGCAAGGGAAGAUACCUAUCGCGAAUUAGCGGGGCGUUACCCUUCUAUGCGCUACCAAGUUAGUCGGGCUUGCGCUGCAGCAGGUUAUGUUGAUCUCUACAAAGAGCUCUGCCUGCUUCCACAUGUCUCCAUAGCUGAGGAAGCUAAGGAGUGUGAUACUCCUGGGUGCAACGAGAUUUUCCAAAUUAUCAUGGCAUCGCCAAUAAAAUGUGCUGUAAUGGAUGACUUUACUCGCUCUAUCAAUACCAAGGUGCCAAAGACACCGUCCUUCUUGAAUGGUAACACUACCGUGCGUUGGACACUCGAGGCUCGGGAGCCACCCCCGAAAAUCGAGAGAGGAAUUUUUGUAUUUUCGAGAACCAGAUAUUGA